AUGCAUUCUGACAGAAGCCGUCGUCGAUGGCGCCAAAAUCAACUGAGCAAUUCUAACAUAGCCACAGACGCACUACAAUUACUCUUGCAAUUAACUCCUAUGAACAAUGAUACAUUGAUUGCUACACAGACGUCCAUAAAUUUUGAUGAUGAAUAUUUAAACGCCAGCGUGAACAGUGGAAGAGAAAACGAUUAUAGUCCACCAUCUCCUGCUUUUCCAGGAGAGAGACGCAUUAAGCCCACAAAACUGGAUUCAGCGUCUACACUGAUGGUACAUAAAAUUCGAAAUGGUCUGCCUAAUGAUGUUUUAGAUGAUAUUUGUAAUUUAUUAAAAUGUUAUGAUGUCGAAAAUUCAUGCCAUUCAUCCGAUAGUGCUAAAAACAAAGUGGAUAAGAAAAAGGCAGCGUCAUUACAAACUCGAUAUUACAUAUGCCAAGACUGUAGUAGAUCGUUGAAAGUUGACACUAAAGCGAAAGAUAAAGACUGUGAAAAGUGUAAGAAGUUAUUCUCUCAUGAAUUCUAUUUAGCAUCGACGAAAAGUCAACUUCAACAAAUGUUAAAACAUGCCGGAAUGUACGACAUGAUGCGAAUCACAAGGAAGACAAACAGAGAAGAACUAAAAGACACAUAUUACGGCAAAUUUCUAAAUUCUGAACCAGAAACUACUUUUACAUUGACCUUAAAUGCUGACGGUAUUCAGAAGAAUAAGGCCAAUUCGACUACUGGUUUAUGGCCUAUUGUGUUAAUUCUGAAUGAACUUCCAUAUCCGCAAAAACGUUAUAUCGAAAAUAUUCUUCUUGCUGGAAUUGUUCGUGCAAAGAAAAGUCCUAACAACAACGUUAUUCAAGCAUGCCUAAAUCUUGUUGUUGAUGAAUUAUUAGAACUAGAAGCUGGUGUUUCCUUUUAUAUUAAAGACACAGACAAUACCAAAAAGUUGAAUAUGUAA